AUGAUAAGUGUAGAUUCACAUACUCACAUUGUUCUAAACAUAAAAGUUUUCAGCCCGCGCGUCACCGCCGGCCCCCCCCCCCCCGCAUCCCAGCCCCCACCCCGGGGUUCCCUAAGCCCGGUUCCCCAGAGGGUGAAGUUUGUGUAUAAAGGGGAGCAUCCUUUCGAGAAGCGGCGCUCUGAGGGUGAGAAGAUCCGAAAGAAAUACCCGGACCGGUUCCCGGUGAUAGUAGAAAAGGCUCCCAAAGCUCGGAUAGGAGACCUGGACAAAAGGAAAUGCCUGCUGUCUUCUGAUCUUACAGUUGUUCAGUUCUACUUCUUGAUCCGGAAGCGAAUUCAUCUCCGAGCUGAGGAUGCCUUGUUUUCCUUUGUCAACAAUGUCAUUCCACCCACCUGUGCCAGGCUGGGUCAGCUAUACCAGGAACACCAUGAAGAAGACUUCUUUCUACACGUUGCCUCCAGUGAUGAAAGUGUCUACGGUCUGUGCAGUUGCUGCCCCUAA